GCACGACACACGUCACGGCGUUUUGAAAACAAUGAGCGAAGGGGCGUCCGGCGGCUGAAGACACCAUGGAAGACAGGGCCGGGAAUAUCAGCGAAUUAACCCUCGUUUGCAUAGAUUUAGCAGCGAGAUUGGAAGAGGCAGAGGACGUUGAAGAGAGGAGGGCCAUUGUGACCGAGCACGUUCGGAAUUAUGAAGGUGUGAGGAUUCCUAUGGUGGAUUUUGAGGCCGGAUUGGAAUGGUUCAACGUAUCGAGAGCUCUGACCCACGCGCAGGAUCUCAAAGGCCGCAUCUCUGUCCUUGACUUUUUUACUUACUGCUGUAUUAACUGCAUGCACAUCUUGCCCGAUCUUGAGGCCUUAGAAGAACGGCAUCCUCCAGAGCAAGGGGAGGUUCUUGUGGUUGGUGUCCAUUCCGCAAAAUUUGAGAAUGAGCGCGUAUCAGCAAAUAUCUUGGCAGCCAUUGAGAGGUACCAUAUCCAUCAUCCUGUGGUGAACGAUUCCGAAGCAAAGAUGUGGACUCAGCUUGGCAUAGCUUGUUGGCCAACGCUUCUUAUAUUAGAUCCCAAUGGUCAUCCAAUGUUUAUACUUGUGGGAGAAGGCCACAGAGAACGUCUCCAGUUGUAUGUGGACUGCAUGGUGGAAUAUUUUUCCAGCAAUGGAAGUUUAUCCAAGUUACCAGUACCUCUAGCUCCAACAGCUCAUUGUGCAGCAACUGGUUCGGUGCUGCAUUACCCUGGAAAAGUUGCAACAUAUCCUGGUGGACUUAUCAUUUCAGAUACUGGACACAAUAGGAUUUUGUUGACUGAUAGGAUGGGUAAUAUAAAGAAAGUUGUAGGAUCUGGAGAACAAGGGAUGGCAGAUGGAACAUUCACCUGUGCAAGCUUCAACAAUCCUCAGGGGGUGGUUUACCAUUCAUCAAAUGUUAUAUUUGUAGCUGACACGGAAAACCAUGCAAUAAGGAAGGUGGAUUUAAACACGGAAGAAGUAAACACAAUUGCUGGCACUGGCAAGCAAGGAACUGACUUGGAAGGAGGUUUACAGGGACCUAAGCAGGCCAUAUCAUCUCCAUGGGAUCUCUGCUUGAGCAAAAGUGUCGGUCAGGCAGAGGAUGCAGUUGAUAACUUACUUUUAGUGGCCAUGGCUGGGACACAUCAGAUCUGGGGCAUAUUUCUGGCUGAUGGGGAUUGGCUUAAGGAAGGCUCAUACAAGAAUGGAACAGUGUUGAGGCUUGCUGGAAGUGGUGCUGAGGAAAACCGCAACACUACAUAUCCAAGCCGAGCGGGCUUUGCACAACCAUCGGGAAUAUGUGUUGGAGUGCACCAAGGGGAUCGAGCAUUAUACAUUGCAGAUGCAGAGAGCUCAUCUGUUCGGAUGUUCAGUUUGACAAAUGGCGCAGUAAAAGCUGUUGUUGGUGGUGCAAGAGAUCCGCUUGAUUUGUUUGCAUAUGGUGACGUUGAUGGGAAGGGCAUUGAUGCAAAGCUGCAGCAUCCCCUAGGUGUUGCAGCUGUUGGAGAAUUUAUUUAUGUUACAGAUUCUUAUAACCACAAAAUCAAAGUUUUGAAACCCUCUGGUAAAUCCUACAUCGUAACAACCAUUUCAAGUGGAUCAAAUGAAGAAAAGUUCAAUGAGCCAGGAGGGCUCUGUGCAAGUGAAGAUGGCUCAAGUUUAUACAUUGCUGACCCCAAAAAACCAUGUUUUAAGGUGCGGCUCUAA